GCAGGCGGCGAAGGGAGCUCUCUUCUACCUUUUAACUUUGAAAAUGACUUUUAUGACUUUGUGUUUGGGCUAUGUCACGUCUCGGAAUGCGUAUUCGUGUGAGCGGGAAGACAAAGGAGGAGGGAGGAGGGGAGACGGGCUAGACAGGCCUACGGGGCGAAGUUCAGGAAGGGCCGCCGCCGCUGGUUCCCAUAGGAAUGCCUUGCCUGCACCGGCAUCUAGGCCACGGCGCCGGCUCCAGGAGCUGCACCGAGGCCUUGGCUUCUUACAGCUUCAGACGGACUCACCCAGGGUAAACAGCUGUGUGAAGAGUGGUGAGCAUGUCCUGGAGGAGUUGGAAACAGAAGGGGAGAGGCAGCUGAAAAGCCUCCUUCAGCAUCAACUUGAUACCUCUGUCUCCAUUGAGGAAUGUGUGUCUAAGAAAGAGAGCUUUGCUCCUGGUACUAUGUACAAGCCCUUUGGGAAGGAAGCAGCUGGGACUAUGACUUUGUCCCAAUUCCAGACACUGCAUCAGAAGGACCAGGAAACUGCUUCUCUUAGGGAACUAGGGCUCAAUGAAACAGAAAUCUUGAUCUGGAAGAGCCACGUUUCAGGUGAAAAGAGGACAAGACUGAGGGCAACCCCAGAAGCAAUACAGAACCGUCUUCAAGAUAUUGAAGAAAGGAUCUCAGAGCGUCAGCGCAUCCUUUGCCUGCCACAGAGAUUUGCCAAGAGCAAGCAGUUGACCCGACGAGAAAUGGAAAUAGAAAAGUCUUUAUUUCAGGGAGCUGAUAGGCACUCCUUCCUCAAGGCUCUUUAUUACCAAGCAUACCACAAAAAGACAAGUGCAGACACGUACAUGACCUCAAUGAAGAGGAAGAUAAAAUUAGGCACAAAAGAUGAACCCCAAAAGAAGAACAAAGGUGAUCCCAUGAACAACCUGGAAAGUUUUUACCAAGAGAUGAUAAUGAAAAAACGUCUUGAAGAGUUCCAACUUAUGAGAGGUGAACCCUUUGCUUCCCACUCACUGGUCUCAGCUACAUCAGUGGGAGAUAGUGACACAGCUGAGAACCCGUCAUUACUCCAGGACAAGGGAAAACAGGCAGCACAGGGUAAAGGUCCCAGUCUCCAUGUGGCAAAAGUUAUUGAUAAUUCACCUGAGCAGUGUUGGACUGGGCCUAAGAAGCUGACGCAGCCAAUAGAAUUUGUCCCAGAAGAUGAGAUCCAGAGAAAUCGUUUGUCAGAGGAAGAGAUCCGAAAAAUUCCUAUGUUUUCUUCAUAUAAUCCAGGGGAGCCAAACAAGGUGUUAUACCUGAAGAACCUUAGCCCUCGGGUGACCGAAAGAGAUCUUGUCUCAUUGUUCGCCCGGUUCCAGGAGAAAAAAGGACCGCCAAUUCAGUUCCGAAUCAUGACUGGACGAAUGAGGGGGCAGGCUUUUAUCACCUUUCCCAAUAAGGAGAUAGCAUGGCAAGCAUUACAUCUAGUAAAUGGAUAUAAACUACGUGGGAAAAUAUUGGUGAUAGAAUUUGGAAAGAACAGAAAGCAACGGUCAGAUCUCCAGGCUACUUCUCUCAUAUCAUCUGCUACAGAUAACACUCCAGAAAUCAGUGGUAGCUAAAAGAUAUAUAGAUGGUGAGUCACAGGAGGUCUUUCUUGGAUCAGAAUCUUGGAUCUAGGAUUUGUGUAUAGAUAACAAUUUGUUUGGAUUUGAAGAAGAGAAACUAACUGGGGGAGAGAAAACUCUAAGAUAAUCCCUCUCAGUUUCAGAAUGAAUUGGUAGAAAACAUUUUUUAUAAUCAAAGACUAUAUAGGACAGACAUAUGCAAAGUAUGAAGUAUAGGGUACAAAGAGUAUCAUUUUCUCAGGAUAAAUUACAAAGGAUUAUUUCUAAGGAUUUUUUAAGUCUUUAUAAUUUAUCUGGGGUCUUAAAUAUUUGUCCCUGAAGAUAACAUUAUUUCCAAGAUUGCCUCCUAUAUGCAGAACUAAAAAACUAAUUAAAUGUUGAAAUAUUUUAUUCACUAGAGCUCAUUUAUCCCUAAUUAUAUCCAUCUAGUAAAUAAAUGACCAAGACCCCAGGCCUAAACAUCAACAAAUGCUGUUGAAUGAGAACUAUCAUCAGUGACAAUAUGUAUUUUCAUAAGUCAGUCCACAUAGUUAAUGAGUGCUUCCCCAUAAAGUUAUCAGUGUCUUCAAAAAGCUAUAUAUUUUUCUAAUGAAAGCAUUUAGGCCAAAAUGUUGAUGUUCUCAUAGUCAUUUAAGAUAUCUUCCAUUGAGUAAUCAUUGAAUUCAAAGCAAUAAACAUUGAAUGAAUAUCUAAUAUAUUAGAUAUAUUAAUUUUAGAAGACGAACAUACUAGCAAACAAUACUAAAGGAGAGUGGGAAGAAAGCAUUCUCUAGAAGAGAGCCACUCAUUCCCAAAUCCAUCAGUUGUUCGUUUGUAGUUGCUGUAGAAUAGAAAGAAAGUAUGAUAUAGAGGAAGUAGUACAAACUUUGGAAUCAGAUCUGUGUGAACUUCACACCACACUUACCACUUUGUGACCUUGGCAAGUCGCUUAAUCUGAGCCUCAGUUUUCUAUAAAAUGAGGAUAACAAUACUACUUACCUCAUUGGGGUGUAAGUAUUAAGUGAGAGGAUAUUAUUUUGGCUGAAGAACAGGAAGAAAAAAAAUGAAGAAAGUUGAACACAGAGUGGGACCAUUAAGCACUCCAACAUACUUGUAAUGAGAAGACCAGAAAAAGAGAAGAGAAAGAAAGAAGCAGAAAAAAUAUUCCAAUAAAUAAUGGAUGUAAAUGUUCUAUAUUUGAUGAGAAACAUUACCUGCACAUUCAAGAAUUUCAACAAACCCCCAGUAGGAUAAAGAAGAAAUCCACAGAUACAUCAUAACAAAAAUGAAAAAUAUAAAACUCAAAGACAAAGGGAAACUCUUGAAAGUGACAGGAGAAAAAAGAAGCAUCACUUACAAGAGAACCCCAAUGAGAUUAACAGCUGACUUCUCAUCAGAAACAACGGAGGUGGCAGUGUAAUAACACAUUCAAAGUGCUCAAAGAAAACAACUGUCAAUAUAGAAUCCUACAUCCAAUAAAGCUGUGUUUUUAAAAAUGAAGAUAAGAUACAAGCUUUCCCACAUAGUCAUAAACUGUUGUUGCUGACAGACCUAAUAGGAAUAUUAAUGUAAAUUCUUCAGUAAGAAAGAAGUGACCUAAAAAAAAAAAGAAUGAAGUGACCUCAGAUAAUAAUUUAAAUCUACACAUAGGGAAACAACACGGGUAAAAGUAAUUACAUAAUUAGAAUAAACUGUCUAAUGCAUUUUUCCUUCUCUUAAUAAUUUAAAAAGCAAUUUUAUAAAGCAAUAUGUACAUAGUUGCAUUGUUGGAUUUAUAAUAUAUAAAAUGCAGUUUGUUUGCUAAUCAUAGGACAUAGGAGAUGGGUGGAAGCAAAGCUGUGUUGGACUAUAGAAAUGACUCCAGAUGGUAACUCAAAUCUAUAGGAACAAGUGAAAGCAAGAAAUGGGAAACAAAAUUAAUAUAUAAAAGUAUCAAAUAUUUAUUUCCUCUUCUUUCUUCUUUGAGCUUCUUUAAAAGGCAUAAAAUUAUAUCAAGUAAUAAUUGUAACAGUGUAUUGUUGGGUUAAUAUGUAGAAGUAAUAUGUAUAAUAAUACUACAAAAAAUGGAGAGAGAAAUAGGUUCAUAUAGGAAUAAAGUGUUCAUAUAAUUGGAAUUUAGUUUAUAUGUCUGAAGCCAAUUCAGUUAAGAUUUGUAUGGUAAACCCUAGAGCAACCACUAUGGAACUAACUGAAAAUAUAUAGUGAAAAUAUUAUUAAAGAAAUUUUUCAUUAGAAAAUAUUCAAUGCAAAAGGAUGAAUAGAGAAAGACAAAAACAAACCCAGAGACAUACAGGAAACAAACACUAAAAUGGCAGUCUUAAGUCCACCUGUAUUAAUAAUAACAAUAAAUAUGAAUGGAUUAAACUGAGAAAAUGGAUCAGACUGGGAAAAACAAACAAGAUUCACCUCUAUGCUAUCUGUUGGUGGAGGCACACUUUAUAUUCAAAGAUACAAACAGUUUGAAGGUAAAAGAAUAGAAAGAAAUAUCAGGCAAAUGGCAACUGUAAGAAAACUGGAGUGGCUAUAUUAAUAUCAGAUAAAAUAGACUUUAAAACAAAAAAUAUCAUUAGACAUAUAAACUGACAUAAUUAUAAAAGAGUCAACCCAUCAGAAAGAGCAAAAUUAUAUAUAUAUACCUAACAACAGAGCACCAAAAUACAUGAAUCAAAAACUGAACUAAACGAAGGGAGAAAUACACAAGUCUACAAUAAGAGUUGGUGUAUUCAGCCCAUUUUCAAUAAUAGAACAAUUAGAUGAUAAACAAGGAAAUAAAAGACUUGAACAGUGCCAUAAUGAACUAGACCUUAAAGUGAUUUAUAAAACACUUAACCCAGGAUCCCUGGGUGGUGCAGCGGUUUAGCGCCUGCCUUUGGCCCAGGGCGCGAUCCUGGAGACCUGGGAUCGAAUCCCACGUGGGGCUCCCGGUGCAUGGAGCCUGCUUCUCCCUCUGCCUGUCUCUGCCUCUCUCUCUCUCUCUCUCUCUCUCUCUCUCUCUCUCUCUCUCUCUCAUAAAUAAUAAAAAUUAAAAAAAAACAACUUAAAGCACUUAACCCAGCACAAACAGAUUCAUACAUUCUUCUCAAGGGCACAUGAAAUAUCUCCAGGUUCAUGUCAUAGAACAUAAAAAAAAAUUUCAGUAAAUUUAAGUGGACUGAAAUCAUGUUUUAUGACUUCAUGGAAUAGAGUUAGAAAUCAAUAACAGGGAUCUCUGGGUGGCGCAGCGGUUUGGCGCCUGCUUUUGGCCCAGGGCGCGAUCUGGAGACCCGGGAUCGAAUCCCACGUCGGGCUUCCGGUGCAUGGAGCCUGCUUCUCCCUCUGCCUGUGUCUCUGCCUCUCUCUCUCUCUCUCUGUGUGACUAUCAUAAAUAAAUAAAAAUUUAAAAAAAGAAAUCAAUAACAGAAAGUUGAGGAACUUAUAAACAUGAAUUAGACACACUAUUACAUGCCCAAUGGGUCAAAUAAAAAAAUCACAAAGGAAAUUAGGAAAUCCCCUGGGAUGAAUGAAAAGACACAACAUACCAAAAUGUUGGAUGCACCAAAAGCAGUGCUUGGAAAGAAAUUUAUAAAUACAAAUGCCUUAUAUUUAACAAGAAAGAUCACAUAUCAAUAUGUCUUAUGCCUAAGACACUGGGAAAAGAAGAGCAAACUAAACUUAGAGCAAGGAGAAGGAAAUAAAUAAAAAAGAUUAGAUAAAUAAAUGACAGAGAAUAUAACAACAAUAGAGAAUGUCAAUGAAGCUAAUAGUUGGUUCUAUAAAAAAUAUCAACAAAAGUGACAAACCUUUUGUUAGAUUGACCAGGAAAAAAAGAAGACUCAAAUUACUGGAAUCAGAAGUGAAGGAGGGAACAUUACUACCACCCUUUUAGAAAUAAAAAAGUAUGAAGGAAAACUAUGCACAUUUAUAUAUCAAUAAGUUAGAUAACUUAGAUGAAAUAGAAAAAUUCCUAGAAACACACAAACUACUGAAACCAAUGGAAAACAGAAUCCAUAAAAGUCUAUAAUAAGCAUAGAGAUCAAUUAAUAAUUUUUCAAAAUGCCCACAAGAAAAAGCUUAGGCUCAAAUGGCUUCUCAGAUAAAUUCUAGCAAACAUUAAAGAAUUAAUACAAAUUCUUUACAUACUCUUCCAAAAAGGAGAAGGAGCACUUCUAAUAAUAUACUACAAACAUGGAAGAACCCUGAAAGCAUGCUAAAUAAAAAAAAGCCAGUUACAAAAGACUAUAUAAUUAUAUGAUUCCAUAUAUAUGAAGUGUCUAGAAUUGCUAAAUAUAUAGAGACAGUGAAUUAGUGGUUGCUCAGGGCUGGGGUAAUAGCAGAAUUGUAUGAGGUUUCUUUAGAGGUUGAUUAAAGUGUUCUAAAAUUGAUUAUGGUGAUAAUUGUAAAACUCUAUGAAUAUACUAUAAAUAAUGAAUUGUGUACCUUAAAUAGGUGAAUUGUAUGUAUAUGAAUUAUAUCUCAAAGUCACCAAAAAAGAAAUUGGAUACAACCCAACUGUCCAUCAAUAGGUAAAUGAAAAAUAAAUUAUGACACAUUCAUUUCAUGGAAUAUUAUACAUCCAUUAAAAUAAUGGGGUAUAUCUAUGAAUACAUUCUGAUCUGUAUGGUAUGCAGAAUUUUGUAUUUAUUUACAAAGUAAGAAAUGAUAUAAUAUGAAUGCAUUUUUAUAAACAAAAACAUUUGUAUAUGUAUGAUACAUGUGUAUAUAGGUAUUUCUGAAUAAAUUUAGGAAAAAGCUGGGAAAUAUAUGUACCAAAUUGUAAACCUUUUAGAAGUGGGAUUACAUAGGCUGAAAGGAGACUUUUGCUUUAUAAAAUUUUUAAAGUCGUGUUAUUUGGGGUGAUUUUUACUUUUUCAGUUUUUUUUUAAUUAAAAAGAAUUUUGAUACUCUACAAAUGACUUGGCUUCCAGAAUAUUUGUCAGGCCUGCUCUGAGGAUAUCAUCUAACUAUACUCAGGACAAACUCCUAUUCCUUUGAUAUACUGCUCACUUAAUAUUAACUCUUCAAUUUUAAGUAUAGUAUAAGGGGAAGAAGUAAGUUAUCCUGGUAUAACCUCUUGCACAUGUUACCCAAGGACAUACUUCUAAGCUGGACUUUUCAGAAGAAACUUACUCCUGUUGAAUGGAAAAUCUCACCUCUUCCCUUUGCUAGACCUGCAGGUCACUAACAAUAGAGGAAAAUAAAAAUGGAGGAUCUCCCUCAACUGGUGCAUAAACUGUGGGAUAGCCAUAUAAUGGAAUCCUACUCAGCAAUAAAAACUAUGAUGAACUGCAAUACAUGCAACAACUUAGAUGAAUCUCAAAUGCAUUUUGCUAAGUAAAAGAAGCCAAACUCAAAAGGCUACUUACUGUUCGAUUCCAUUUAUAUGACAUCAUGGAAAAGGCAAAACUAUAGGAACAGAGAACAAAUCAGUGGAUGUCAGGGGUUAAAAAUGGCAGACUGAUUACAAAAUGGUAGCACAAGGAAUUUGUUUUAAUAAUGGAAAGUUUCUGUCUUGAUUAUAGUUAUUUGACUGUAUGCAUUUGUCAAAACAAAUUAUAUUCAAGAAAGGAUUAAUUUUACUAUAUGUGAAUUUUUAAAUAAAUAUAAUUUUUGAU